AGAGAGAGAGAGAGAGAGAGAGUAUAAAUUACUGUAGUACUGUUGACAAAUAAUUGUAGUAUAAGAGGAAUAAAACACUUCUGGACGCCCAACACAUACAGCAAUACCCCUAAUUUAUGACAUUACAUUUAAAUUUGAUAACCAGGUCUGAUUUCAAAGCCAUUAUGAAUAUUUGGUGGGAUUAUAUUUUAUAACUGUAUUUUGUGUUUUUUGGAUGCUUGAAAAUCAAAGUUUGCAGGACUUCUGGUAUCAGCUUUUGAAGGACUAGCAUGAAGAAGAAGAAGAGGAGGAAGAAGAAGAAGAAGAGGAAGACAGGGAUGAGGUGGUGGGGUGUGUGUGUGUGGGGGGUAUUUUGGCGAUGGAGAUUAAGGCAAGGGCUUUUUGUCAUUUGUGCGAGACAAGCCAUUCAUCCAUCCCGUUCUCAGCCAACAAAAAAAAAGGCUGCUCCCAGAAAUUAGCAGUUUCAGCUCAGCAGCAAAGCCGUCGGGCUGUGAAGGCACAGAGAAAUUGACUAAUUAGCAAUGCGCACUAAAACUUGACGGUUCUCUCCAUAACGGCGAGGCACAAAAAAAAAAAAAAGACUCGCUUUUUUCCUUCUCUUCUAUUUCACUCUUUUUUGUCUUUUCUCCUCUUUUUUUCCCUCCCCUCUCUCCAUAGAUGUUUGAAAUCGCAGUCAUUUACGCUCGACAGUUUUUACAAUAGCCUUGAGCCAUAAUUUUGCCCGUCUCUCUAGCAUCCAUAGCCCUGCAUGGUCUCUCUCCGCCGGCCAUGCGCGACCGUUUCUCUCCCCAACCGUGGAUUUCCUAUUACUCUCGUUACGACUCACUGAGCCCCAGGCCCAAGGAUAAUGAUGUGUUGUUUCUUGGUAGCAUAAUUUGUCACACGUAUAUUUCUUCUUCUUCUUCUUCUUCUGCUUCUUCUCUUGCAGAAAGCACGGCUCUCUCUUUCUCUCUCUCUCUCAGCACUCAGCACACUUCUUAGUUUAGUUUUAAUUCGGGCGCACGCGUAGAAUAAGGGAGAGAACAAAAAGAGAGAAAUAAAUACACGGCUCGCGCAUCGGGUUUAUACACAGAUUUUAAGAAGGUGAAGAAAAGAAAAGGAAAGAACAAAAAAAUAGGGAAAGGACGAAGAAAGGAACAAAGACAAAGUGCUGGCUGUGAGGGGAUACACAUAUCUUAAGGAUCUGGGGAUACUUUGUUUUUCUCCGCUUGAACUCAAGGAGGUGCGAGCGGCUCACAAGUCAUGUCCAGAUCGGGCGACCGGACGUCUACGUUUGACCCGACACACAGCGACACGCUGCUGCACGGGCUCAACCUGCUGUGGAGGAAGCAGCUCUUCUGCGACGUGACCCUCACCGCUCAGGGACAGCAGUUCCACUGCCACAAAGCCGUGCUCGCGUCCUGCUCGCAGUACUUCCGGUCCCUGUUCUCGGCGUCGCACGCGCUCAACAAUGAGCCGCUCGCCGGGAAGGACCAAAGCAGCGGCGGAACUCCGUCGUCGUCCCCGGAUGAAAAGCUCCUGGCCAGCCCUCGCUCCAUCAGCAACCUGGUGCUGCAGGGCUGCUCGUCCAUCGGACUGCGUCUGGUCCUCGAAUACCUGUACACGGCCAACGUGACGCUCUCGCUGGACACUGUGGAGGAGGUGCUCUCGGUCAGCAAGAUCCUCAACAUCCCACAGGUCACCAAGCUAAGCGUGCAGUUCCUCAAUGACCAGAUCUCGGUCCAGAACUACAAGCAGAUCUGCAAGAUCGCCGCCCUGCACGGCCUGGAUGAGACCAAGAAGCUGGCCAACAAGUACCUCGUCGAGGACGUGCUGCUUCUUAACUUCGAGGAGAUGUGCGCCAUGCUGGAUGCGCUGCCACCGCCCGUCGAGUCUGAGCUAGCACUGUUUCAGAUGUCCGUCCUGUGGCUGGAGCACGACCGUGAGACCAGGAUGCACUAUGCGCCCGACCUGAUGAAGCGCCUCCGUUUCGCCCUCAUCCCGGCCCCGGAGCUCGUCGAGAGGGUGCAGUCUGUUGACUUCAUGAGGAGCGACCCCGUGUGCCAGAAGCUCCUGCUUGAUGCCAUGAACUACCACCUGAUGCCCUUCAGACAGCACUGCAGACAGACACAAGCCAGCAGAAUCCGUUCCAACAAAAGGAUGCUACUCCUGGUUGGAGGUCUGCCUCCAGGACCUGACCGCCUCCCCAGUAAUCUAGUGCAGUACUAUGAUGAUGAAAAGAAGACAUGGAAGAUCCUUACAAUAAUGCCUUACAACAGUGCCCACCAUUGUGUAGUAGAAGUGGAGAACUUUCUUCUGCUGCUAGGGGGUGAGGACCAGUGGAACCCCAAUGGCAAACACAGCACUAAUUUCGUAAGUCGAUAUGACCCAAGAUUCAACAGCUGGAUCCAGCUGCCCCCAAUGCAGGAGAGGAGGGCAAGUUUCUUUGCGUGCUCUCUUGAAAAACACCUUUACGUCAUUGGAGGAAGGAACGAGACAGGCUACCUAUCCAGUGUUGAGGCAUAUAACCUGGAAACUAACGAAUGGAACUACGUUUCGUCUCUUCCCCAACCUCUCGCAGCACACGCCGGUGCAGUUCAUAACGGGAAAAUCUAUAUCUCAGGUGGAGUCCAUAAUGGCGAGUAUGUGUCCUGGCUGUACUGCUAUGACCCGGUGAUGGACGUGUGGGCCAGGAAACAGGACAUGAACACUAAACGUGCUAUACACGCACUCGCAGUCAUGAACGAUCGCCUCUACGCCAUUGGUGGAAAUCACUUAAAAGGAUUCUCUCAUCUGGAUGUGAUGUUGGUGGAAUGUUAUGACCCUAAAGGAGAUCAGUGGAACAUCUUACAGACGCCCAUUCUGGAGGGCCGCAGUGGUCCCGGCUGUGCCGUGCUGGAUGACAGCAUUUACCUGGUUGGAGGCUACAGCUGGAGCAUGGGAGCCUACAAGUCAUCCACCAUCUGCUACAGCCCGGAGAAGGGAACAUGGACCGAAUUAGAAGGCGAAGUAGCAGAACCUUUAGCUGGACCAGCAUGUGCCACUGUCAUACUACCAGCUUGCCUGCCAUUUAACAAAUGACAGAUAAUUGUGUGGAGAAAAAUCCCUGAGGAUGGACAGAAAGGCCAUCAUUAAAAAAAAAAAAAAGAAAAAAAAAAUGAAACGAUGCAGACUGUCUAGGCAGACCGAUUGCAUAGGAGGUGUAUAAAUUAUUUUUUUACACGUCUGACGAGAGCACUUUCUUUCUUCCUUCCUUUCUUUCUUGAAUACUUUUAAAAAGAAAUACAAUUCGUUUUUAUGUGUGUUGACAUUCAAACCUUUGGUCACCUUUCCCUUUUUUUUUUUUUUUUUUUUUUUGGGGCUUCACUCGAUAUCGCACGCAUAACCGAUAUAGCUUCCAUUUGUACUUUGUAUUUUGUGACGAACAAAAAAAAAAAAAAAAAAGAAGAUAACAUUAUUCCGAGCUGAUGCAAUGUUGGAAAGUUUGAAACGUGUUUAUGUCCUGGAACGAUUCACCGAAACGAAUCGAAUUGUUUUUUUGUUUUGUUUUUUUAUUCUAGACAAAACUCAUGAAUCCUGUAACACUGUAGAAUAGAGAAGCUCCAGCUUGUUAAAUAUCGUAGCCAUACUGUAUAAGGUACAGCGGAUGUACAGAGGACAAAGGCCGGAAACGAAGUAGUCGUAAACAACACUCCUUUAAUAGAACACAUACUAAUAUGAACGAACAAUCAGACAUAUUGUUUACUAAACCAUGUGCUGUGUAUGCAUGGUCUUAAAUACGAAUCUUAUGUUCCCUGUAUGCUUUUCCCCCCUUCGUUUCUUUUAGAUAUUACCUGUUAAUGUUUAACAGUGCCUAUUUCUAAUGCUAGGUUCAUUCUUUCCUGUUUCUUUUAGCGCUAACCAUGAUCGGUUUAGCAAUAAAUUAGACAAAUUUGACUUUAAAUUAAAAAGUUAAUGAACUAAUAGAUAAAUGAAAACAGUUCAACACUGGUUCCAGAGCAGCACUGUUGGUGUAGCCGUCGUCCCGUUCGAUCAGGAGAGGUGUCUAUGUUAAUUUUCAUUCCUGUAAAUAGUCUCUUGCGGUGGAACAUUUUUGUGCCCAUGGGAUUUAUUAUCAAAUCCUGUUAUGUUAUUAUACAUUUUAAACAAUGAAAUAAAAUGCAAAUUCUGGAU